AUGUUCUUUGCCAGUGCACAUGCCGAAUCUGAUGAGGAGGUGCUGCUCCAAUUCAUCAAGCAAAACCCUCUGGGUAUGCUCAUUACGGGCAUUGACUCCUCUGCCCAAGACUUUCUCCAAUGCACCCACGUCCCCUUCAACCCGUCGUCCAAUCCGCAACUACGUGCUCAUAUAGCCAAGCAGAAUCCUCAAGCCAAAGCCAUGUUCGAGCUUGCCAAUGGAGCACCACCGAGUAUGCUUCCGCUCGAGCGCGAUGUCCUGGUGGUAUUCAACGGACGCCAUGAUCACUAUGUGACCCCCAAAUUCUACACCGAGACAAAGCCCGACACCGGCAAGGUUGUCCCGACGUGGAACUACUCUGCCGUUCAAGUCUACGGAAAGCUCUCCCUGUUCUAUAAUUCCAGGACCCCAGAUGCGGGCGCCUUCCUGUCGAAACAAAUGCACGAUCUGUCAGAGCAAUGCGAGCGACGAAUCAUGGGAUUCAUUGGAGGGGACCGACCUCAGCCGUGGAAGGUUGCCGACGCUCCUGAGCGAUACAUUGACCUGAUGCAAAGGAAUGUGGUAGGAAUCAAGAUCGAGAUAACCAAGAUCGAGGGCAAGUACAAGAUGAGUCAGGAGAUGAGGCCCGGCGACCGGGACGGUGUGGUCAAGGGAUUCGCAGCCAUGGGAGGAGAGACUGGGAAGGCUGUUUCAGCUUUAGUUCAGGAACGGGGAGAGUUGAUUGAUAAGAAGAAGGCACUAAAGUCUUCGUCGAUAGAAUAG